GGUGUCAUAAUUUUCUGGUUGAUUUAUAGACCUAUUUGUGUAUUGAGAAAGGUCUUCUCAUAGUAACGUGUCCAACAUUAUUUUCGAUUUCCUUUGGGAAGGAGGAUUUGUAUGAACCUGAGAGGUUAUCUUGGAAAGUGCGAGAUCCAAAUGAAGAAUGGCUGGAUCGUUGUAUGAAACAGAUGUCGCCGAAGCUUUCCUGACCUGUUCAAUUUGUGAAGAUGAUUACAAAGAACCUGUAGGAUUGCCAUGCCUCCACUCUUUCUGCAAAGAAUGCAUCAGCAGACAUAUAAUAGAAGCCACCAAAGGACAGAAAGCGGCGAGAGGAUUCAAUUGCCCAAAAUGUAAUCGUCAAGUAGAUGCCCCUGAUCCACAACAAGCCCCGCAUUAUUGGGCAGAAUCUUUCCCAGUGAAUCAUUUCGUCAAAAGUCUGAUGGAAAAUGUCCGUCUAAGGACAGAGGAUAGUAAAUGCUAUUCAUGCUCAAGACGCAAUGACAGUGUCAUCGCGGUGAAGUGGUGCAAGGAAUGCUCUGAAGCUUACUGCGAACAGUGCGAGUCUUUCCACAAAUCGCUCAAAUACUCUCAACAUCACAACCUGAUGAGCAUGGGGGAUCUUCAACAUCAACCGAUUAAAGACACUGUCAGCAGACCCCCGUGUCCAGAUCACGAAGGAACAGAGUUGGCCUUCUUCUGCGAGGAUCAUAAUCAAGUUGUGUGUUCCUCAUGUGUGACGCUAGAUCACAGAAAAUGUCACAACGUCACUUCCUGCGAAGAAGCAGCUGACAAGCAGAAGCUCGAGGCCGAUGCUAUCAUUGAGAAACUAAAGAUGCAAAGAGACUGGGCAAACAGGAUUUCAGAAAACCGAAAGCAUAGUUCGAAGACCCUUGAAGAUGCGUCAUUUCAACUACGCCAGCAAAUAGCUGGUCUUCGUCAACAAAUGAAUGAUUUGUUAAAAGCUAAAGAAUACAAAUUGACCGAGGAGAUUAAGAACAUAAAGAUACAAGAGAAAAACCACUACGAUUCUGACAUUGACAGCUGUGACGGUAUCGCCAGCACAACUGACAACGCAUUGUCUUUGUUCCAAAACACUCUUAAGCAUGGUUCAGAUACGGAUGUUUUAUUAACGACAGACAAAGUAAAACACGAAGUCCAUGUCUGCGAGAACACCCUUUCCGAUAUAACACGUGAAAUGAAGGAUGUCUUUAUGAAUUUUGCUCCAGACAAGCAACUCCAAGCAAUUUCGAAUACACUGAAAGACAUUGGAAAAAUCACUGUUACAUACUCUCCUGUCCAUAUCGCCCCUCCCUACAAUCUGGAGCAACAGACGGAGCAGAAUCACAUUGAAGACGAAUCGUUUGUCUUCCGAAGUAUUCCUCCGACACCAUUAUCCGCACGGAAGUCCCCUCCACCGACGAUAUCACUGAAGAAAGGAUCACCACCGAUUAGCGCACGGAAGACUCCUCCAACAUUUCUUGGAAAUGGCAUUCACACAGCUCGACUAUCCCCUAUUGCUUCCAUAAGGUCAAAAAAGUCUCCUCGUAGCGAAGAUCUGAAACAUCCGGACACAACACAAACACCACUUCCACCGCUUAUUCUUCCACCAAAGUCAACAACACCAGUCCAUCGAGUAGCCCCAAAGUUAGCAUCACUUGAUUUCUUCUUCAAGGCUCGCACCAUCCAGGAUAGGGAGAACUGUUGCUUCACUGGCGCGGAGUUCAUUGGUAACUCUAGAAUCAUUUUAGUAGAUCAGACUCAUCGUAAGCUGAAGCUAUUCAAUAAAGAAUACAAAUGGCUUGGCGAAAAGGUAUUAUCUGCCAAACCCUAUGAUGUUUUAGUCAUCGAUGGAAACGAGGUUGCCGUAAGUCUUCCAUCAGACAAGAAAAUUCAAAUUUAUCAGGUUCGAGAGAACGAUUGUCUUGGUAUUUCCACCAUUCAAACUGGCGCAAAAUGUUGGGGCAUCGCAUUUUCGAACAAAAAGUUUGCUGUCUGCUGCUACUCGCAACCACCUUGCAUCAAAAUGAUGUCUCGAGACGGGAGAGAGUUAAAGGUCAUCUGUAAGGAUUCAGCAGAUCGUGAUUUGUUGUCCUUCCCUGAUUACAUAGCUAUGGACAAAUCAGGGAAGAACCUUUAUGUCACCGACAAAUAUAGAAGGUCAGUUAUCGCCAUCACAACAAGCGGAGAGAAAAGGUGGGAGUUUCAGGAUGAAGGUACGCUGAAAAAUCCAAAAGGCAUCGCUGUCCUUGGAACUCGUGUCUAUGUUGCAGGAAACAAGUCUCACAAUGUGUUGCUGAUGACGACGGAUGGUGAUGUCAUCGGUAACAUAAUCAGUGAUGGGAUUUCCUAUCCACACAAGAUUUCCCUCCAUUCCGAUGGUGAUCAUCUCAUGGUCACCCAGUAUCAAUCAUCACUCGUGGAUGUUGAAAAGAACAUGAUAAAAGUGUAUACUGUGUACUAAGACGAAAAUCACGUCAUUAGGCUGCAAUGGUUAAGGUGGGAAAAAAUCGUGUUUUUGGGUUGUUGUUGAAGUGGAUUGUGUCGUCAUAUGAUUUGCUGUUCAUGUAAGAAAGACAGACAAAGAUCUGUACUGAAAUUUUUAUAUACUUUGUACACUUGGAUUAUCAGUUUUUGACUGGACUGCACUAAAACUGGUGUGAUAAUAACAGUUUAGAAUGGCUCCUUUCAAUUUUGUUUAGAUUUCUUCUAUUAUAGUGAUAAUACAUACUAAAACACA